CUCCCUCCUCUCGUCAUUCUCGCAGCUACUGCUCUCAUAUCAACAUCGCUCUCUCUCCUCUCGCUCGAUCUACCUGUCUCUUUAUCCUCCUUUUCUUCUCUCCUUCCCUCGCUCACCCCCUUUUGCAGCCCCCCCUCCCUCUCGGUGCGGACAUGCUGAGGUCGGUGUGGAGAUGAGGUUCCGCAAUGUGUCCUUCUUGACGCUCUCGUUGUUCGGACUAUGCGGGCUGGUUUCGCUGUCCUGGUACACCGCCUUCAGCUCCUCCAGAGGAGAUGUGGUGGACAUCUACCAGCGGGAGUUCCUGGCCUUAAGAGAGCGCCUGCAUUCAGCCGAGCAGGAAAACCUACGCCGCUCCAAAGAGCUCAACCUGGUCCUGGAUGAGAUCAAGCGGGCCAUCGCUGAGAAACAAGCGCUCAGGGACAUCAACAGAACCUGGAGCAGCCUCUCAGAGGAGACCAGGAUGAAGUUGUGGAAUGUGAGCGUCAGCAAGAAUUUCCUGCAGCUUCCCUCCGUCCUCCAUCAUCUUCCUCACCUCAUCAACAGAGAAGACAGCCUGCAGCCAGCCGUCCAUGUGGGACAAGGACGCACUGGAGUUUCUAUAGUGAUGGGCGUUCCCAGUGUUAAGCGGGAGGUCCACUCGUACUUAACGGACACACUCAACUCUCUGAUGUCACAACUCAGCGCCGCAGAGAAGGACGACUGCGUCAUUGUCGUCCUCAUCGCUGAGGCGGACCAUCAGUACGCCGUGAGCGUGGCAGACAACCUGAAGCUCCUUUUCCCGUCAGAGAUCCAGUCGGGCCUCUUAGAGGUGGUCUCGCCGUCGGUCCAUUUCUAUCCAGACUUCUCCAACCUGCGUGAAUCUUUUGGAGACCCUAAGGAGAGAGUCAGGUGGCGCACCAAGCAGAAUCUCGACUACUGCUUCCUCAUGAUGUACGCACGCUCCAAAGGGACGUACUACGUGCAGCUGGAGGACGACAUUGUGGCGCGACCCACCUACUUGAGCACCAUGAAGAACUUUGCGCUGCAGCAGCCUUCAGAGGAAUGGAUGAUCCUGGAAUUCUCGCAGCUCGGAUUCAUCGGAAAGAUGUUCAAGUCUUCUGACUUAUCUCUGAUUGUGGAGUUCAUGUUGAUGUUCUACAAAGACAAACCCAUCGACUGGCUACUGGAUCACAUCAUGUGGGUGAAAGUCUGCAACCCGGAGAAGGACGCGAAACACUGCGACCGUCAAAAAGCCAAUCUAAGGAUUCGCUUCAAGCCGUCGCUCUUCCAGCACGUGGGAACGCACUCCUCGCUGGCCGGCAAGAUACAGAAACUGAAGGACAAGGACUUUGGGAAGCAGAGCCUCCACAAGGGUCACGCCAACCCACUGGCUGAGGUCACGACCAGCCUCAAGACGUACCAGCACUUCACCCUGGAGAAGGCCUAUCUCGGCGAGGACAUCUUUUGGGCCUUCACCCCUGUGGCGGGCGACUUCAUUCGGAUACGCUUCUUCACACCCGUGCGCAUUGAGAGGUAUUUCUUCCGAAGCGGAAACAUUGAGCAUCCAGGAGACAAACUUGUCAACACGUCUGUGGAGGUUCUUCCGUUCGAUAACAUUCAGGCCGACAAAGAAGCUCUGAUGGAUGGGAAGGACAAAAGUCAGAAAUACCAUCGCACAGAGGACGGAUUCAUCCGAAUUGGAAUGUUCCAGAAAGGCAUCGCAGAGGGGGAAGUGGAUCCCACAUUCGGACCCUUGGAGGCUAUCCGGCUCAGCAUCAUCAGCGACUCUCCCGUUUGGAUCAUCCUCAGUGAGAUUUUCAUCAAGAAGGUGGAGUGAAGGCAAAGGAGCGGGCAAGGGACUCCGAGUCAGGGUUCCCCAACGCCAUGGCGCCACAUCGCCUCCCUCUGGUCGCAUUUGUCCAUUGUAGGUGGAAAAAAAGCUCAGUCACAUGUUCACGUGACAGAAAGCUGAGGUCAUGUUGAACGUUGAGACGCUUAAGUGACGACGGGGGGCGGGGAGAAGACCGACAUCGGAUGAUGACGAUGAAGAUGACGAAGGUGCCGCUUCGAGGAGGUCUUCUUCUCAGGCCCGUAGCCGCAAUCACUUUGCUAGGGCCAAAUCCUAGCCGUUUCUGAGCGUCCUCGUCCAAAUGUUGGAACAUAUGACUUCCUGUUGGCCUUCACAAGGUUGCGCACUGGACAGACAAACACAGGGACGAACUGACACGCAAUUCCCAGUGAGCGACUGACCACAUGACAUCAGAUCACAACAACCCUUCCGCUCCAGUCAUGUGACAAGGAGUGAUGAUCACAUGACAUGUAUAGCUGGAAGGGAGCCGGUUCGAAUGAAUACUACUGUACUUUGUGAUACACUACUUUGUACUUAAAGUGUUACUUCAGAAGAAUUACUGCACUGGAGAGGUACUUUUCCGUACUUGACACGUUUCUACUUUUAUGUCAUGUCUAAUUUCUUGUCAUAUCAGUAGCUGAUGAAAAGGAUAAAUUAUUAAAAGAAUCAUCAAUAUGUUUGAAUA